UUAAUUCUCAACACUCCAAGUCAAAAACCCCAACAACUCACUCACAAUCUCUCUCUCUCUCUCAAAUCUCCUCCAACUCAACUUUCCUAAACCCCCACUGGAGUUCCCAUUUAGUAGAAAUGAGCAGCAAAUGGAGGAAACUGAAGCUAGCACUUGGCUUCAACCUCUGUGUUUAUGUUCCUCCUGGAGCUACCCAUGAUUCCCCGGAAAAGUCGCUGCUUUCUCCCACCAACUGGAGCUUUGGCUCUGCUCGCUUGUCCAAAAGCUUCAGCACUUCAUCUAAGAAAACAUGCUCCAUAUGUUUGGCUGCUAUGAAAUGUGGGGAUGGCAAUGCUAUUUUCACUGCAGAGUGUUCACAUUCCUUUCAUUUCCAUUGUAUUGCAUCAAAUGUAAGACAUGGAAAUCAAAUCUGCCCAGUUUGCAGAGCAAAGUGGAAAGAAAUUCCAUGUCAAGGUCCUACACUGGAACUUCCUUCUGGAAGGUCUAGAAUUAAUUCUGCGGUCUGGUCGCACAACAAUGCUAUGAUGACAGUUGUCCGUCAACUGCCUCGCCGUCCUAAUUCUAAUAGACAUGCUACACAAAUAUUGCAGUCUCCUGAGCCUGCUGUCUUUGAUGAUGACGAGUCCUUGGAUCACAAAAUGGAUAUAACUGAGGAAAUUUCAACAGUUAAAACUGGUGCUGAUUUUAAAUCCUGCACAACAAUAAAUAUCAAGACAUACCCAGAAGUUCCAGCAGUCGCCCAGUACAGUGCUUCUAAAAACUUCACAGUCCUGGUCCAUUUAAAGGCUCCUGGUUCAUUUUCGGGUCACAGUCACAAUAUUGAUCAGUCUAACCUGUCCCCAGUUUCCCAAACUCCUCGUGCUCCUGUAGACCUUGUCACAGUUCUUGACAUCAGUGGCAGCAUGGCAGGUACUAAACUUGCAUUGCUAAAGCGGGGCAUGGGGUUUGUUAUACAGAAUCUUGGCCCAAAUGAUCGGUUGGCAGUCAUAGCCUUCUCAUCAACAGCACGCCGCCUUUUCCCUCUUUGUUGUAUGUCUGAGACAGGACGACAGCAGGCACUGCAAGCAGUUAACUCUUUAGUUGCAAAUGGUGGAACGAAUAUAGCCGAGGGCUUGAGAAAGGGUGCAAAGGUGAUGGAAGAUCGAAGGGAAAAAAAUCCAGUUUCCAGUAUAAUACUUCUUUCCGAUGGACAGGACACAUAUACCAUAAAUGGUUCUGAUGGCAGCCAAAAUGAGCCUAAUUAUGAGCUGUUGCUUCCUACAUCCAUUCACGGAAAAGGGAACCCUGGCUUUGGAAUUCCAGUUCAUGCUUUUGGGUUCGGCACGGAUCAUGAUGCUUCAUUAAUUCACUCGAUCUCCGAGACCUCAGGAGGGACCUUUUCUUUCAUUGAAAAGGAAGGUGCAAUCCAGGAUGCCUUUGCACAAUGCAUAGGGGGGCUUCUCAGUGUAGUUGUUAAAGAACUGCGUCUGACUAUUGAUAGUGCUGACUCUCGGAUUCAUCUGGGAUCUAUUAAAUCAGGUAGCUAUCAGAAUCAUGUGACGCCUGAUUUAAAGACUGCUUAUGUCGAAGUUGGUGAUUUGUAUGCAGAUGAAGAAAGGGAUUUUCUUGUUUCAGUGAAUGUUCCCAAAGAGUUGGUGAACAAAGAAACAUCGAUUCUGAAAGUAAGAUGUGUCUAUAACAAUCCGCUAACAAAGCACACAGUGACACUGGAGAGUGAGAUAGUUAAGAUUAGGAGACCUGAAAUAGCUGGACAAGAGAUAGUGUCCGUAGAAGUUGACAGGCAAAGGAACAGGCUGCAAGCAGCUGAGGCAAUGUCUGAAGCUCGUGCUGCAGCAGAACAGGGUGACCUAGCAGGUGCAAUUUCAGUCCUUGAAAGUUGUCGUAAUACGUUGUCGCAAACUGUGUCGGCCAAGGCUCAUGACCGCCUAUGUAUUGCACUGGACGCGGAGCUCAAGGAGAUGCAAGAGAGGAUGGCAAGCAGACAUGUUUACGAGGCAUCUGGAAGGGCAUAUAUAUUAUCUGGACUAAGCUCACACUCUUGGCAGCGAGCAACUUCAAGAGGUGAUUCUAUAGACAGUUCAAGUCUUGUUCAAGCCUAUCAAACACAGUCAAUGACUGAGAUGCUUACUCGUUCUCAGGCCACAUUGUUGGGGAGUCCAUUAGCUUAUAGGCUUCUUCAACCAAAGCCAAGGUGAUGUCCGAAGUAUCAUGCCUUUAAUUCAGGCUUAAAUGUUUGAAAUACCUAAAUGGUUGUUUUUCUAUUGUUUGGAUAUAAAUUGGAGGGUAUAAGAGGAGCGGUUUUGGUGUCAAUAGUGUUCCUUUUCUUUUAUUGUUACUUAAUGGAAUAAAUCCCGAAUAAUGCAUGGAGGAUACAUAGAAAGGGGACGGGGUAAACAAAAAAGGAACAUUAUUUAGGCGUUACGUCAUUUUUGUUUUUCUGUUGUUUCUAAAUCCUGUGUCGUCGGAUUGAUGUACAUAUGGUAAUGGUUUCUAUUCUAAGAAUUCGACAGUCUUGUAACUGUAGGGAUGACUAUGUUAAUACACAAGUUGUAUGCAUUCUGAUUUUCUUACCCUA